AUGCCAGAGGCCAGGAACUCCUGCCACGACCUCACGCGAUGGAAGAAGAAGCCGCCGGUGCGCCGCACGGUCAGCCAGAUCUGCCCGCCCCCGCGGCGGCCCCUGACCGUGGCCGACAUCCAACCGGGCAUGGAGAACGAGAGGCUGGGGGUCGUGCGGGAUUCCAUGUUUCAGAACCCGCUCAUCGUCAAGGCUGAACUUGGGAAGCCCCGGGAAAGAAGCUGCAGUCUGCCUGGAAUUAAUUUUAAUUAUGGACUCUACAUCCGGGGGCAGGAUGGAGGGGUCCCUGAAGCCAUUGGACACUGGAAUGUAUUUAAACAGCAGCCUACCUGCCCCCAUGAGCUGAGCCGGGAUUACAUCGCCAUGAACCGUGGGGCAGUAAAAGCUGGCCUGGUAACUGCUCGGGAGAAUUUCCAUUACCGUCAGCUCAAUGACAUCCGCAUCAGUGACCAGGAUGACCGGCGCCUCAAGAAGGAACCGCCCUCUCUCCCUCCAAAUAUGACGUUCGGGAUCCGGGCACGGCCUUCCACCCCCUUCUUUGAUCUGCUGCAGCAUCGGUACCAGCAGCUAUGGGUGCAGGAACAAAAGGCCAACCAGAAAGCCAUUAAACUGGAGAAAAAGCAUAAGGUGAUCCUCGGGAAACUGUAUGAGACCCGGAGCAGUCAGCUGAGGAAGUACAAGCCGCCUGUGAAGCUGGACGCCCUCUGGCACAUGCCUCACUUCCAGAAGGUGGGCCCCCAUCUCGAUACCUUCCCCACCGAGGCCCAUCGCCAGAGAGCCUUCAAAGCCCACCGGGAAGAGUGUGCGGUGCGCCAGGGAACCCUGCGGAUGGGCAACUACACCCACCCCUAAAGCCUUCUUGACACAGUAGAAAAUUCUCUGAAGGACUCACCUUUCUUGCCCAACUAACAUAAGACAGUCCCCCAUCGUUCUGCUGGUUCUGCCUUGGCCAGGACCUCAGAUUCAGGUCUUAGUUUGAUCGUUUUUGGUAAGAGCCCCCUUUUUAGAGUUAGCUACACUCACUUCCCUUAGCCCCAGUGACCCUCCACUUAGGGACCGCCCUCCUCCUGCAGGCCCCCCACCCUCUCUUCUCAAGCCCUCACCUGGUAAGAGAAACCCAAAAUCCAAGGCAGAUUUUAGA